GAGAAGAAUUCGCGUUGACGAACAAUGUUCGAAUCAAGAACCCUAAAACCCUAACCCCAUCAUCACAUCAUCUCCCAAACCCAAUCCCCGCAUUGAAUUUCUCCAAGAAACCUCGAACCCAGAAGAAUGCCCGCGAGGAUGAUCCACCCCAGAUCGCUCCUCAACCUCCUCGCGGCCUCCCGAAGCCCCGCCCGCCCCCGCUCCUUCUGCACCCACCAGGCGGCGGCGCCGCCGUCCGCCGGGACCCAGAAGCUGGAGCGUAUUGCCGACGAGCUCCUCAGCCUCACCAAGCUCGAGAGAUAUGACUACUCCAUCCUCUUCCGAUUGAAAAUGGGUAUCGACAAGUACGGCCCCGCGGUGUCCGGUGUCGGGUCGGGAGGGACCGCGCCGGGCUCGAAGAAUGCGGACGCGGGCGCCGGCGCUGCGGCGGAGGCGGCGGAGAAGACGGUGUUCGACAUUAAGUUGGAGAAGUUCGACCCCGCGGCGAAGAUAAAGGUAAUCAAGGAGGUGAGGGGGUUCACGGAUUUGGGGCUGAAGGAGGCCAAGGACUUGGUGGAGAAGGCGCCGGCGGUCUUGAAGAAAGGGGUCACGAAGGAGGAGGCGGCUCCGAUCUUGGAGAAGCUCAAGGAAUUGGGUGCUACUGUGGUAUUGGAAUGAAUUUGGUUCCUUUUUCACAUUUCACUGUUUAUUUUUCUGGUCGAGUUGAUGUUGUAAUUUGGAAUAACAUUGAGCUGAGCAGUGGCAAAUGCAUCGAAUUUUUGAUGAUA